AUGAAGCCUAUCAACAAAAAUGGACGUGUUGGGUCAAAUCUGACCGUCACAUGCUCAGACUGGAACCUUUGGGGUUAUGAGAAAGACAAUAUGAAGUACUUCUGUCGAAGUCCCUGCAACGACAAAGACGUCAUCGUCAAAGCAGAAUAUGGAAAGACCAAACGUAAAAAUCGGAUUGAGUUAACUAACAGUGAACAAGGUUUAUUUGUGACCUUCUUUAAUCUACAAAAGUCAGACUCUGGGAAAUAUUACUGUGGAGUGGGGAGAUAUGGCCCUGAUGGAUACAUAGAGGUGAAUGUUGAAGUCAAGGAUGCUGAAACUUCUAGUCCUCUGAAGACUCCAAACCCAGUCUUUGUUACUGAUACAACCAGUCCGCCUACAUCUACAAAUGGCUCUACUGUUUUUACUGACAUGUCUACAAACCAAUCCCUGCUUACAGCAGCACCUUAUGCAUCACCUACAACAGGAGCUGGAAGUGUACCAUAUCUGAUCAUCGGUGCCAUAUUUAUAAUAACAUUGCUGAUGGUUCUGCUGAAACUCCUCAGGAAGAAAACAAAGAAACAAAAGAAGGCUGCUGCGAGAGCUCAGACGCCACAAGAAGAUGUACAGGAGGAUGAUCAAUACGAUGCAAUCAGACACGAAGACGGGCAAUCAGUGAGCCAACCUGAGAGGUUCACUGCCCAUGACCACGCUGCAGAUCCAGACAGUGUCUACGCUAAUUGUACCGUCCACCAGCACACCGAGCUAACAGCUCAGGGUGACGACAACUAUUCCAACACCGUUUUUUUAAAUGUAGCAACCAGCUCCGGGGUCAAUUCAAGAGGGGCUUGUUCUGAAAGCAGAGGCACGGAUCAACAAAGUGACUCUCUUUACUCUGUUGCUCAACUGCCCAAGAAAACUCAACCUGCAGGGAAAACCAAGCUAAAUCAAUUAGAAAGUAAUGAAGAUGAAACUUUGUAUUCUCUGGCUCAGCGGCCAAGGGCAACUUAAACUUUGUGGUCAAGAGGAACUUUCUUGAUCAUAUUGAAUAUGAUUUUUUAAUGGGAGUGCAGUUGUAUUAUUCAAUAUGAAAUUGAUCACUCCAUGCUCAGAGAACACGGCUGUAUUAAUGAUGGACUAAAUUUAAUGAACAGUCUCUCCCAGACCUGAAUGAGGAAUAUUAGUGCUGUCUGUAACCAGGACGCUCAUGCCAAAAGAACAAUUGAGAAAUAUUCGAAUUAUUCAGAUGUUCAACAGAGCGGUGUAUUUUUCCAGUCUGAAAUAAAAAUGUGUAGAAAUAUUA